AUGUCGGCCGCUCUCGCCCCGGGCUCGCUCCUCCCGCUCCCAUCAGGCAGGUUCCGUGGCUGGUUUGUCGUUGUAGCUGCUAUUGAGACUGGCGAUGGGAUUUCGGCGCCGAUUGCCCGGCUCCGGUCGCUCAAUGUGGCUACGGCGCACACGUCGGCCUGGCCCGAUCCACAGCUAUUGGGCCUGCGCCCCUCGGCUGUGCUUGCUGACGAGCUUGCUGUCGCAGUCUCUGCCCUCGAUCGCCCACGCCGCGAGCUCAUGGCCUUUGUGGCGCGGGCCAUGGCUGCGCCUGACGCGCUCGCCUCGUCCGGCUUGCCUGCGCCGCUCGGGGCGCUCGUCCACGGCCUGCCCGGUGUCGGCAAGUCGUUCCUCCUCGAGUCGUUUGCGCGGCGGGUGUGGGGCCAGAGCCGACCGUGGUUCAAGGUCUCUGCUCCGGCACUCUUUCAGACGAUGCAAGGCGCGACCGAGCGCUUGGUCUCAUCGCUCUUUGCCACCGCCGUCGCUACCGCGCCCUCGCUUCUCAUCAUCGACGAGCUGCAGGAGCUAGGCGCACCGCUUUCCAGCGGAGCAGACACCAUUGAGGCCAGGGUCCUAGCUCAGCUCCUGCUCGAGCUCGACCGUCUCACCGCUAGCCCAGCCGGCCGCAUGGUACUGGUGGUGGGCAUCACCUCGGCGCCACUGACCGCCCUUGAGCCACGGCUGCGGACGCUUGGUCGCCUUGACACCGUCAUUCACGUAGCGCCGCCGACCCGCGCCGAGCGUGGUGCCAUCAUCGACACACUCCUUGGCGAGCUCGAGCCGCUGCCGCAGCUGGUCGUCGCCCACGGCCUGGAGCACGUCAGUGCCGCACUUCUCAGCGCAUCACACGGCUACGUUCCGGCCGAUCUCGCAGCAGCGGUCCGGGCUCUGGCAGCCGCUGAUGCCGCCGGCGAGGCUGCUGAUGCAGCAAGUGCCGUCGCACUUGCGCUGGCGGCUGCCAACGUCCGGCCAUCGCUUCUGGUCUCGGGAGUGGGCCAGCUGGUCGAGGCCUCGGCGCUGCCAGGCUUUGACUCGCUUGCAGGAGUCGACGAGGAGGAGGCACAGCUGCGGGCCUCACUUGUGCUCCCGUUUGCUCAGCCAGAUGCUUUUGCAGCCGCCGGCAUCAAGCCGCCGUCGGGCAUUCUGCUCGUGGGCCCGUCCGGCGGCGGCAAGUCGGCGCUUGUCCGCGCUGCUGCCGCUGCCGCGCGCGUCAACCUGGUGGUGGUCACCGCGUCAGACGUGGUGUCCAAGGUUGUGGGCGAGACAGUGGCGCGCAUUGCGGCCGUGUUUGAGACCGCCGCCGCUGCUGCGCCGUGCGUGCUCUUCUUUGACAAUCUGGAGAAUGUGGCACCACGCCGCGCCGCGCUCCACGGCGGUGCACCAGGCGACACCCCGGUUCAUAUCGACCGCAUGCUUGCAGCGCUCCUCAUCGAGAUGGAUGGCGCCGUGGCGCGCCGAUCAUCCGGCGAGCGGGUCGUCGUUGUGGCAACCGCGCACUCGACCGACGCCCUCGACACCGCUGUUCUCCGACCAGGCAGGCUUGACGUCCACAUCCCGGUCGGCCCGCGAACACCGGCGCAACUCUGGGCCGUCUUCUGCCUCGCGCUCUCACGCAUUGUGGUCGACUUUGAUCCAUCGAUCCUCGAUGACAACACAGCCGUCUUUGCCGCCAUCGCCAACCUCGGCACGCCAGCCUCGGUCCUCGACGCCGUCCGAACCGCAGCAAUGACAGCGCUGCGCGAGGACCUCAACACGACGUCGGUCUCCUCGUUCACCAACGCCCACAUCCCGCGACUUCCGCUCGGUCUGGCACGACUGCGCCUCGCUCCAGAGGCGCAGCUGACGGAGCUUGGUCUUGCGCUGUUGGUUGGUCGGCUCUCAUCAUCGUUGCGCUUGUUGGAUCUCUCUGCUACCGGAUCGGCCUUCUCUCCCGAUGCCCUCGCCCUGCUCUCGGCGAGUGUGGGCCUGCGCGAGCUGUAUCUCCCGCCCCUGGUGCUUGGCUCCGAUGGUACAGGUGCCAAUGGUUUUGGCCUGCUUGACGCCCUUGCUCCGUCGCUUGUGGUCUUCUCUGCACCGUGUGCUGGCCUUGCGCCUGACAUUCUCAAGUCGCUCGGCGCGUGUACUCGACUCACUCGGCUAGUGCUCGGCUCACCCACAACAUCCACACCGCUCCCGCCACAUGCCGACCUGGCGAGCCUUGUGCUCCCGCUGUCGCUCGUCUCCAUCACACUCUGUGGAUGGAGUGAUUUGGAGCACGGGCUUGUGAACGCGCUGCUCACCGCGCCCAAUGUUGGACAUCUCGAGCUUGUCCGCUGCGGCUUUGCGGCACCCAACAAUAGCGCUACACCGCCAGACUCUGUGAGCGAGCUUGUGCCGCGAUCGGUUCCGCUCACGCUGGCACUUGUCGAGUGCUCGGGUGAGCUCGUGCUGUCGUCGGCCAUCGCGCAUCUGCGGGCUGUCGGCUCGCUGCCACUGCGGCAGCUGCUGCCGGCUGCGCCGCUGGCGAGCCUCGCGUCACUCGAGCUCUUCAAUCUGGCGCCAGCGAAAGCCGCUGCGGUUGCCAACAACCUGCCGCCGCUCCCGGCUUUGGUGCGCUUUGCAGCAGCAGCGCCGCCGGCUGGUGCGUGGGAGGCCGAGAUCGGGGUACCGCUGGUGAGAGGCCUUGCCGCGGCUGCACCGCGGCUGUGUGCACUUCAUCUUGCGCGCGUGGUGGUCUCCGCCGGUGACAUUGCUGGCCCUUUUGGUCGCUCGCCUCACCUCACUGCGAUCGCACUCUCCGAAUGCACAGUGACAUUGCAGUCGUCGCCACCAGCGCAAGCCGGCGCCGACGCCUCUGUGCUGCCGCGGCUUGUUCUGUCACUCGAGUCAUGCAAGGUUCUUCCUGGCGGCGUUCCCGCUGUGGUGGGACUAAUUGCCUCGCGCCCGCUGACACUCUUCCUUGGGCCGAACACCUGGUUCCGGGCCGACGCUGCGGCCGAUCUCAUCCGCAAGCUGCCAGCCACGCUGCUGGGCCGGCUUGAGCUCUCGCUUGCGCCGUGUCACACGCUAAGCCUUGAUGGCUUUGUCUCGUGCAACGGCUGCGGCCAUGUCGAUCCAUCGGAUGGCCUGCCUGUUUUGCAAGUCCUGGAGGCAACGCUCCUUUCCGAGUUUGGUGCCCGCGCUAGCGCGCUAGCCGCGGCACAGGCCAACACCAAGGCGACCAACACCGAGGCCGACGUGAUGGCCGAGCUGGAGCGCUGGCGCGAACGGGCCGAGGCCGCUGAGGCCUCGGCUGCUGCCGCUCGCGCCGCCGCUGCAUCGGCCACCGCCCGCGCCACAGACCUCGAGGCCAGCCUCAACAAGGAGAUGCUCGCACGGCAAGUUGCCGAAGCCGCACCGUCGGUCAAUGCGCAAAAGGCGCACAACGAGUCGGAAGAGCUGGCGCACGGCCACAUGGUCAGGAUCACCGAGCUUGAGCGCGACAAGAAGCGGCUCCUCGCCGACCAGAUCGCACUCACACACAGUGUCAACACCGCCAGUGAGCGCCUUGUUCUCAUCGAAGACAUCUUGGCCAAGAUCCUGGCGCCAGAGCGGGAAGCUAGCCCCGAGCUCGAGCUCGAGGCCGGCGACAGAGCGGGCGACUGUCCAGCUGCGGAUGCCGACGCCGAUGCCGAUGCCAGCGACCGCGGCAGUGGUCCUGGAGAGGAGCUCUCGCUCCUGCCGGACUACUUUGGUGCCGGCGGCCUCUUUGCUGCCGACUCGCCGCUGCUCACGACGACUACUUCGGCGGCGGUCUCGCGCGAGCUCGAGGCGUGCAUGGCUGACCUAUCGCUUGCACCGCCGCCACCGCUGAUGCAGGUGCCGGGCAAGGCCACAAGGGGAAAGAAGGGCAAGAAGGGCAAGAAGGGCAAGCGCCGCAAGAAGACCAAGGGCGGACAGCAGCAGAAGAAGGGCACAGGCGCCAAGCCCAAGCAAGCGCCGGAGCCAAAGCCAGAGCUUGCCAAGCAAACCGAUGCGCAGCAGCAGCUGAACGCUCUCUCGUUGCGUGUUCUCGGCAUUGCCAAGGAGCUCGCAGCAGCCGCGCCCGUGGCGGCCACGGCCCCGGUCUUCAAGCACGCGUCCAGGGACUAUGCAGCUUCCGAGGCGCUAACGCUUGCGGGCAUCGAGCCGUCUCGACUCGGCUCCCUUGACUGGGCAGGCUUUGACCGGCCGGACUCGCACUCGGGCGACGACGGACACGGGUGGGAGUCUGCUGACGACGACGAUGACGAUGUCGAUGCUAAGAUGUUCUUUGCGCCAAGGCGGGCGGUAAUGCCGGCAGCGCAGCUGUCAACUGCUCGACGCAGCGAGAGUAAGGCCGAGGGCAACGACACCGAUGAUGGUGGCGACGAUGAUACGGACGACUUUAUGGAUCGUGGUGAUGACAUGCUCGCGCUGCUGCGCCAGCAGCGUGCGGCGCGGCGCAACGGAGGCACAAGCGGCACGGCUGCAGCCGAGGUGGCGCGAACGGACGAGGAAGAGAUCGAGGCGAUGAUGUCUGCACAGCUCGCGCCAAUCAAGCAGGUACUCCGCGAGGCGGCGAGCCAGCCGGUUCGCGCGCCGAUCGCGCCGUCGCGAGCGCCAGCGGUCGAGUCAACACACGUGGUUGAGCCGAUGAGCGGAGCGCCGUUUCGGCGCGGUGUGCGGCUCGCCAACCUGCGCCCCAAGCCGUAG